UUCGUUAUGCAACGGAGAAGUUGAAUGCUCAGCCGGAGUUUUUCGCCUCUCUGGUCCCUGUUGUUAUAGAGAUUCUAGGUGACACAUUCCCAGAACUUCGCCGUGAUCCUGAAACAGUUCGAGACAUUAUCAACGAUGAAGAGAAGCAGUUCCUGAAAACAUUGGUCCGUGGUCGCAGACUGUUCCAGCGUGCAGUUGCAGGACUAGGAACUGAUGAAAAGACAUUCCCUGGUGAUGUAGCCUGGCGUUUAUACGACACCUAUGGAUUCCCUGCCGACUUGACACAACUUAUGGCUGAGGAGAAAGGGCUGACUGUCGAUCAAAAGGCUUUCGAAGAGUGCAGAAAGAAAGCUGUGGAACUGGAAAGUUCCGUGAUACGCUCGAUCUUGAUGUCCAUGCACUUGCUGAAGCUCCAAAAGCGAGGUAUCCCUACCACGGACGAUUCGUUCAAAUACAGGUACAAGGCUGAGGGACCUAAUGACGGAACUGUUAAAUACACAUUCGAGACAUGUACCGGGAAGAUUCUUGCCAUCCGUUGUGAUGGUAAAUUUGUCGAUUCCAUAGAAGCUGGUGUUGAGGGUGCUCUGUUGCUUGACAAGACGAAUUUCUAUGCAGAACAAGGUGGACAGAUCUAUGACACUGGAGUGUUGAUCUCGGCAGACGAUGAGGGAACGGAAUUCGUCGUUACGAAUUGCCAAGUUCGGGGUGGAUACGUUGUUCUCGUGGGUUCAACUAACGGAGUGUUGAAAGUAGGAGACACUGUGGAACAAGUCUUUGAUGGAAAUUACCCUGAUCCGGUUAGAGUGGUGUGCGUCGGGGUACCCGUAGAAGAACUUCUGUCGAAUCCGAAGAGCGGUGCUGGUUUGAAGACAACUGUAGAGUUCUGUGGUGGGAACGUGAGGCAUCUUCACAACGUUGGACAUAUUGGGCAUAUGGUGAUUUCAUCCGAAGAGGCUAUUGCUAAAGGAAUUCGACGAAUAGUAGCACUGUCAGGACCAGAAGCCGAAAGAGCAUUACAUCGUGCAGAAAGAUUAGCAGCAAGGACUCAGGCCCUAUCAGAUGAAAUAAAAGCAAAUACGAAUUUAGCCAUGGAUUCCGAAAAGUUCAAAACGACGUCAAAGCAAAUACAAGAACUGAUAGAU